CUGAGUAGACUGAUAAAUCAAUGUGAUCAGUUAUUAAUUUCAGUGUGUGUAGUGAAGAGGUUUGCGAGUGGUAAGUUUAGCACUGGUGUUGUACUGAACUCCUGCUCGGGUGACGGUGGGAUCAGGAUUUUCCUCCGCCUUACCAAGUUGUAUUAGAAAUGUAUUCUCAAUACGUUGUUUUUUAUGUAUCGUAUUGGUAGACGUUAUCGAAUUCAUUCAGGACAGUGUAUUAAUUUCCCCCCACUUUAUGCCUGUGACUGUAUUCCAUGAUCCCUGGUUGUAACCCGGUAACCCCACAUCGGACCACCUCCUCAGACGACAAUAUGGCUGCUGACGAAAUACUGAAACAUGAUGAUGACGACAACAGUGAAUUUCUCAGGCCUGACGACCUGUCAGAAUAUCUGACCGAAGGGACCAAGGAGGCUCAUGACAGAGCAGAAAACUCUCCUUUUGCCAAAGACUUCCUCAGAGGAAGAAUAAAGAGGGAACUCUUUAAGCUGGGCACAGCUGCACUCUUCUACGUCUACUCAGCUCUUGAGGAAGAAAUCGAGAGGAACAAGGACCACCCCAUGUUUGCGCCAGUGUAUUUCCCCUCUGAGCUGCACAGACGAGAAGCUUUGGCCAAGGACCUGGAGUAUCUGUAUGGAUCAGACUGGAAGAACCAGAUCAGCUGUUCGGCAGCCACGAGGUCCUACGUGGAGCGCAUUUACCAUGUGGGUCAGCACGAGCCAGAUCUACUGGUGGCCCACUCUUGGACCCGCUACAUGGGAGACCUCUCCGGAGGGCAGAUACUGAAGAAAGUGGCCCAGCGAGCCCUGAAACUGCCACCAACCGGAGAGGGUGUCCACUUUUACCACUUUGAAGCCAUCCACAAACAUGCAGCCUUCAAGAGGUUCUACCGCAGCCGCAUGAAUGAACUGGAGGUGGACACGGAGAUGAAAGAGAGGCUGGUGGCUGAGGCCAACCUGGCCUUCAAAUUCAACCUGGAGGUGUUUGAGGAGCUGCAGGAGAUUGGGAAAGGUGUUAAAGAGGAGGUGCAAGAUGUCGGCUUCCCAGCUCAUGGUGAUAUGGGAGGAGAUAUUAGUAAAUGUCCGUACUACGCUGCUAAGAUGGCGGUCAGCGGGAACAUGAUGUACGUGCGUCAGUUAGCCAGGACGCUGCUCAGUCAUACUACUGCUCAAGUGCUGCUGGCAACGUGGAUCGCUGCUGUCACUGGAUUGGCUGCUUGGUACCUCAUGUGAUUACGAUAGAGCAGUUUCCACCAGUUGGAAUAUAAGCAAAGUUCCUAUAGCAAAGGAGCUCUCUGUUUCGACAGCAGUAGAUGAGGAGUGAAAGGGAAAACCCGCUGGUUUGGUGACUCCUGCUUUAUUAAUUAAGAGGGGUGAGGGACCGUGUGGACGCAGACAUCAACUUCAGAAGCCAAACUCGCCCAGAAAUCAUUGCGGUUUGACGCAUUUAAAAGAAUAACGUUCGAUUUGCUGGGUAACAUCCUGACCACCUCCUUGUUUCUGCGCUCUGUCCAUCUUAUCAGCUCCACUGACCGUAUAGCUGCACUCUGUAGUUCUACAGUUACAGACUGUAGUCCAUCUGUUUCUCUGAUACUCUGUUACCCUGUUCUUCAGUGGUCAGGACCCCCAUGGACCCUCACAGACCAGGUAAUGUUUGGGUGGUGGAUCAUUCUCAGCACUGCAGUAACACUGACGUGGUGUGUUGGUGUGAGGAGCCACAGGAGCCACUAUUCAUAAAUUUUAUGUUCAAACUUUUCCAGAAAUAGCAACGUUUGCAUGAAUAGCUAAUUAGCUCACUGAGGCUGGUCUACACAUUUCAAAAAGAUGGUUCUUCAAAGGUUCUUUAGUGUAGGCAGUGGUUCUGUUUAGUAUUAUUUGUUCUAUAUAGAGCCAUUUCAUAAUUAAUGGUUCUUUCCAUAGUGUGUAGAUUCUAUAUAGAACCUUUGUUUUGACAACAACGUAACCCUUUUUGCUUCCAUAUACAGCACACUGGCCGUCGAUCUGCAGCACUAUUUCACCACGCAGAGAACCAUUUAAGCAUGAAAUGGUUCUAAACGGAAUUUAGAACUUAUAGAAUCAUUGCUUUUACUGAAGAACCCUGAAAGAACCAACUUUUUAGUGUGUAGCCAACGGUGAGGCAAUUCCUAUGUAAAAUAUGGUGGUCACUGUUGCCUCCUCCUCCUCCUCCUCCUCCUCCUCCUCCUCCUACUCCUCCUCCUCUUCUGCCCUGAGUAGCAACGCAGGUGUGAUGCGCUUUUGAGCGGCCAGUCGAAGCUGCUGAGGGCAUUUUUUAAAAGAAGUAUUAAAAAGGUCCCAAGUUCUCUGAAGUCCAGGAGCUGUCGUGUUCUUGUUGUCUUGAGAUAACGAGUUAAUUAUCUUGUGAACUUCAGAUAACAAUUUUGUCAUCUUGCAAUCACAAAACAACGACUCUCAAGACAACAACUUGAAAUAAGAGCACAAGGAAGUUAACUUGUUAUCAAGAUAGUUAACUUUUUAUCUAAACAGCACAUAACAGAUAACUCAUUAUCUCAUGGGAACAACUUUUGUUAUCUUGAGAUAAGAUAACUUCAUCUUGAGAUAACAAGAUAAUUCACUCGUUAUCUCAAGACAAUUUGAAAUAGGAUAACUCAUUGUCUCACUUUAUCUUGCAAGAACAAAAUAGUUAACUUUUUACCUCAAGAUAGUUGGCUUUUUAUCUAAAGAGCAGAUGAGAGCGUAUCUUAACAAGAUAACUCAUUAUCUCAUGGGAACAACUUUUGUUAUCUUAAAAUAACAAGAUGAUGAACUUGUUCUCUCAAGAUAAUAACUUUGUCUUGACAUAAGAUAAUUAACUCAUUAUCUCAAGAUAAUUUAAAACAAGACAAUUAACUCAUCUCACUAUCACAAGCACAAGGUUAGUUCACUUUUUAUCUAAAAAGCACAUGACAGUUAACUUAUCCUAACAAGAUAACUUUUGUUAUCUUGAGAUAACAAGACAUUAAACUUACCUGAAGAUAACUUGAUCUUGAGACAAGAUUAUUAACUCAUUAUCUCAAGACAACUUGAAAUAACAAGAUGAUUAACUUGUUCCCUCAAGAUAACUAUCUUGAGAUCACAAGAUAAUUAACUCCAUCUCAAGAUAAACAUUCAGAAAACCUAUCUCAUGGCUUCUCUAGAUUUCUGUACAAAUGUAAUUUUACCAAAUGAACUCGUGGUGCGAUCUGAGAAAAUCGUGUAUAAAAACGCCACCAGAUGGCUCCUUGCGCUGCUCCUUCCCUGCUCCUCACUCGACUCCUCGCCCUGCUCUCCUCGCCCUGCUCCUCGCCCUGCUCCUCGCCCGGUUCCUCGCCCGGUUCCUCGCCCUGCUCCUCGCUCGACUCCUCGCCUAUCUCCUCGCCCAUCUCCUCGCCCUGCUCUCCUCGCCCAUCUCCUCGCCCAUCUCCUCGCCCAUCUCCUCGCCCAUCUCCUCGCCCUGCUCCUCGCCCGGUUCCUCGCUCUGUAAUUCCUGGCGCUAAUGUUACACGAGAAAGGAAAUAGUCUGAAACAGGCUGAUCUGGUUCUGUCCUGGCGUUGACCGUCUCCGCUUUGUGUUGGAAACAGUGUAGUAGCUGUUCUGUCUGCAGACUCUACACGCUGCUCACCACAGCCCCUGGUCCACUCCUGCUGUGCUGGAUACGUUUAUGAUAUAUUGGGUUUGCACAAAAUAUUCAAUGCAAUGUGUUUCUGUGUUAAAAUACAUAAAGAGUACAUCUCAUUCUGUACUUGUGGUUACUAUAACUGAGCUAACCAUAAGCUUAUGGUUACCCAAGCUAAGCUAACAUAAGCCUGGAACUCCUGUGUGGAAAACUCAUGGCAACUCGCUGUCAACCUCCCGGCCCAGUUUAAUAGCCUUGUUACCAGAGACGUCUCUCUGAAUACAGCCAAACCAGUUAGACCAGCUGGGUCAUUUUCAGAUUAGCUUCCCGCUGAAGCGUUUUUGCUCGUUCCUCAAGUAAACUUUACUCUUUACUCUUCUCGAAGCUUCAUUUCUUCCCCGUCCUUCUACUCGUUUUUAUAUUCCCCAAUUCCAUCCCCUAGCAAGGUCGCCCCCACCAGACGAUGCUACAAAGCACCACUUUAUCGUUUCUAACUGCCGCUAAUGCAGCAUCUGGACUCAACACGCUUGGAGGAGAGCACUAACUGCCAAUUCUGUAACAUUGGCUAGCAUCUAGGGGACUUUGGGGAGGGGCUGGCAUGAAGGGGCGGCAAUACAACAACAUUUUAUUGUUUUCGUGAUGCUUUUCUGAGCAUGUUGUGGAUCUCAUCAGUACCUAAAGAACACUGAGCAACUUAAUUAGCCUUGUUUGAAUGGAUGUGAAAAGUUAAAUAAAAGAUCAUUGUGCUUAGUUUGUGAUGGCAGUUUUGAAAUAUGCCGUUAUUUCAUCAUGAAAA